AUGGCUGGCAAGAUCACCGGGAGUUGCAACUGCGGCCGGCAUGUUUAUACGAUCCCAAAACCUGCAGACAUGAACCUGUGCCACUGCAUCGACUGUCGCAAAUGGGCCGGCGCGAUGCACUCGGCCCACCUCUUGGUGCAGACGGCAGACAUCGAGACCACGAGCCCGGAGCCCAGGACGUACAGGCAGAAGGCGGACAGCGGCAACGAGAUGACGCGCGCGUGGUGCGACGGCUGCGGCGCGGGCGUGUGGUUGAGGUCGGCCAGCAAGCCUGGCCUGACGUUUCUCAAGGCAGGACUCUUCGAGCCCGGUGAUAUACCUAACCCCACGAUGGAGAACUGGCUGAAGAACAUGGAGCCUUGGGAGACCCCGGCCAGGGGGACUAAGAAGACAGCCCAGGAGGGCCUCGACUGA